ACGUGGCGCCGGAGCGGGUCACGAGAACGCUCCCCGGCCGCGGCAGCUUGGUGCCGAGUCCCGGCUCCGCGGGCCAUGGCCAAUGUCUCCAAGAAGGUGUCGUGGUCCGGCCGCGACCGCGACGACGAGGAGGCGGCGCCGCUGCUGCGGAGGACAGCGCGGCCGGGCGAAGGGACGCCGCUGCUGAACGGCGCCGCGCGACAGUCGCCUCAUUCUGUGUCUUUCCGAAUUGGACAGAUGAGCAACGUGGAGCUGGACGAUGAGCUCCUGGACCCGGAAAGGGACUCGUCCCACCCCUUCCCUAAGGAGAUCCCACACAAUGAAAAGCUCUUGUCUCUCACAUAUGAGAGCCUGGACUAUGACAACAGUGAGAAUCAGCUGUUCCUGGAGGAAGAGCGGAGGAUCAACCACACGGCCUUCCGGACAGUGGAGAUCAAGCGCUGGGUCAUCUGUGCUCUCAUUGGGAUCCUCACAGGCCUUGUGGCCUGCUUCAUUGACAUUGUGGUAGAGAACUUGGCUGGUCUCAAAUACAGGGUCAUCAAGGACAAUAUUGACAAGUUCACGGAGAAAGGCGGGCUGUCCUUCUCCCUGCUGCUGUGGGCCACCCUGAAUGCCGCCUUUGUGUUCCUGGGCUCCGUGAUUGUGGCCUUCGUGGAGCCAGUUGCUGCCGGCAGUGGCAUCCCCCAGAUCAAGUGUUUCCUCAAUGGGGUGAAGAUUCCCCACGUGGUGCGGCUCAAGACGUUGGUGAUCAAGGUGUCUGGCGUGAUUCUGUCUGUGGUGGGUGGCCUGGCCGUGGGAAAGGAAGGACCAAUGAUCCAUUCUGGGUCUGUGAUUGCCGCGGGAAUUUCCCAGGGGAGGUCAACAUCACUGAAGCGAGAUUUCAAGAUCUUUGAGUACUUCCGCAGAGACACAGAGAAGCGAGACUUCGUCUCUGCAGGAGCAGCAGCUGGGGUGUCAGCUGCUUUUGGAGCCCCUGUGGGUGGAGUCCUGUUCAGCCUGGAGGAAGGUGCUUCCUUCUGGAACCAGUUCCUGACAUGGAGGAUCUUCUUUGCUUCCAUGGUUUCCACCUUCACUCUGAAUUUUGUUCUGAGCAUCUACCACGGAAACAUGUGGGACCUGUCCAGCCCAGGCCUCAUCAACUUCGGGAGAUUCGACUCGGAGAAGAUGGCAUACACCAUCCACGAGAUCCCCGUCUUCAUCGUCAUGGGCGUGGUGGGUGGCAUUCUUGGAGCCGUGUUCAAUGCCUUGAAUUAUUGGGUGACGAUGUUUCGAAUCAGGUACAUCCACCGGCCGUGUCUCCAGGUAAUUGAAGCCGUGCUCGUGGCUGCUGUCACUGCCACCGUUGCCUUCGUGUUGAUUUACUCGUCCCGGGACUGCCAGCCCCUGCAGAACUCCAUGUCCUAUCCGCUGCAGCUCUUCUGUGCAGAUGGCGAGUACAACUCCAUGGCCGCAGCCUUCUUCAACACCCCCGAAAGGAGCGUGGUGAGCCUGUUCCACGACCCACCAGGCUCCUACAACCCUGUGACCCUGGGCCUGUUCACCCUGGUCUACUUCUUCCUGGCCUGCUGGACCUACGGACUCACUGUGUCUGCAGGCGUCUUCAUCCCGUCCCUGCUCAUCGGGGCUGCCUGGGGCCGGCUCUUUGGCAUCUCCCUGUCCUACCUCACGGGGGCAGCGAUCUGGGCGGACCCUGGCAAGUACGCCCUCAUGGGCGCUGCGGCCCAGCUCGGAGGGAUUGUGAGAAUGACCCUGAGCCUUACGGUCAUCAUGAUGGAGGCCACCAGCAAUGUGACCUAUGGCUUCCCCAUCAUGCUGGUGUUGAUGACUGCCAAGAUCGUGGGUGAUGUCUUCAUCGAGGGCCUAUAUGACAUGCACAUCCAGCUGCAGAGUGUGCCCUUCCUGCAUUGGGAAGCCCCAGUUACCUCACACUCACUCACCGCCAGGGAGGUGAUGAGCACUCCCGUGACCUGCUUGAGGAUGAGGGAGAAGGUCGGCACCAUUGUGGACGUCCUCAGCGACUCUGCGUCCAACCACAACGGCUUCCCUGUGGUGGAGGGUGUGGACGGCACCCAGCCAGCCAGGCUCCAGGGCUUGAUCCUGCGCUCUCAGCUCAUCGUGCUCCUUAAGCACAAGGUGUUUGUGGAGAGAUCCAACAUGGGCCUGGUACAGCGGCGGCUGAAGCUGAAGGAUUUCCGCGACGCCUACCCACGCUUCCCUCCGAUCCAGUCCAUCCACGUGUCCCAGGAUGAGCGGGAGUGCACCAUGGACCUCUCGGAGUUCAUGAACCCCUCGCCCUACACAGUGCCCCAGGAUGCAUCUCUCCCUCGGGUUUUCAAGCUGUUCCGGGCUCUGGGCCUGAGGCACCUGGUGGUCGUGGACAACCGCAAUCAGGUCGUCGGGCUGGUGACCAGGAAGGAUCUGGCCAGGUACCGCCUGGGAAAGGGAGGCCUGGAGGAGCUCUCACUGGCCCAGACCUGAGGCCCGGCGCCCCGCCUUGGGCGGUGGCACUCCCAGCCCCUUGCAUCUACUAGGGUCCCUAUCCUCUGGGGGUGUGGCACUGGGAGCAGGCUUCCCUAGACUGGGCCAGUCCCUUGCUGUGCAGGUCCACCCCCACUUCCUGCCUCCAGGGUUACGUGUGCAGCAGCACCUUCCCUGGGACUAAGGGGAGGGGCUGGCGUGCACAUGAGGUAGAUGUGCUGCAUCCUGCCUAUAGUGGCUUCUGUGGUUCCUAUGGGAGACCAGCUCUUGCUGACCACUCAGGAGCUGGUCUACCACUCCCGACCACAAGCUCAGUCUCAUUUGCUGAGAGCCCACAGCAUAGGGCCCCUGGGCCUGAGCCUCAAUGGCCAGGGCCUGGGAGCUAUGUGGCUCCAGGGCAGCUCCAACAGGGAGCCCCAUGUGCACCCCUGGGUUUACACCCAACUUGGGCAACCCCAGGUCCAGAGGACGUGGCAGAUGAGCUCUGUCCCAGGGUCUUGGGAGCUGUGGAUCAUCUUAGUGCCUGACUCCCAGGUCCUGCCUGUCACCCUAAGUACUCCAGAGCUGGGGUCACCCCACAUGUGUACAGCAGCCAGAGGUCAGCCUUCCCAUAGCACCCAGGGGCCUUGGUACCGGCUGAUACAUCUUUUCUGACAGCAGCAGAUGCCACUAGAGGUAGCCUCCUGCUGGCCUCAGGACUCCCAGGCUGUCUUAGUGGCUCUGGGAUAGACCAUUGAGAAUUAGCCAAGAAGCUCCCACCUUCCCACCCACCAGCUGGGCAGCCACCUUCAGACAGAUGACUAGAUGUGGUGUCCCUGUGGCUGCAGGGCCCCACCUGUGGGACACGGAAGGGGAUCUCUAUGUCCCUGGCAUAUGUCCCAUGAGUCCUCCUAUGUGGCCCCAGGCUGUGCUUCCUCCUCUGCUCUCCAUGGGUCCUGAGUGUGAGAAAUAAAGGACCCCUGCCCAGGCAGCCAGUGCCAGCCUCCCUGUUUAGCCCACUAGCACUUUCGGGCCCAAGGGUUGGGCGCUGAGGUAGUGGUGACUGGUGUGUGGCACCAAGCCUUCCUGUGAGCACCAUGGCCUCCCACCCUGAAACCUGGGGAGCUGCAGACAGGUCAGGUCUGGCAGAUAGCCAUCCGCCCUCACUGGGGCCCUGCCCUCCUCCUCCAAGCAACUCGCAGCCAUUUCUACCACCCCUGCUCUCUAGGCCAAGAAGCCUCACUCCUGGGUGAGCCAGGAUACUGGGGAGUCCCUCCCCUAGGACCCUUUACUCCACAGGAGGCCCUGGCAGGUGGGCCUGGGAAACAAGGCAAGAAGAGCUCUGGAGGGGCUGCAUCUGAGUUGGUCCUCAGGGCGUGAGAAACCGCCAGGCCCCAGAGGCGUACCAAAAACGCACGUGCAAUCUCUGUACACAUUGUUUUGUGUUGGUCACAUGUUGGAAUGACAUUUUGGAAAUAUUAGGUCCAAUAAAACAAAUUGUUAUAA